AUGCCUCAGGAAAUCGGAGACAUCAAGCAGUUCAUCGAGAUCUGCCGCCGGAAGGACGCUUCUUCCGCCCGGAUCAAGAAGAACACCAAGACCCAGCAGACCAAGUUCAAGGUCCGCUGCCAGCGCUUCCUCUACACCCUCGUCCUCAAGGACACCGACAAGGCCGAGAAGCUCAAGCAGUCCCUGCCUCCUUCUCUGACGAUCCAGGAGGUCGGCAAGAAGAACAAGUCCAAGUCCUCUUAA